GGCGCGCGGCGGCGGCGCUUCUCCUCGCCCAGCCGGCGGCGGCCCCCGCGGCGCUGAUGGCGGCCGUCCUGUCCCCGCGCCUCUGCGACAGCGACCCCGCCACGCCCGGCAACCAAUCCCUGAAGGAUGACACUGAAGAAAAUUCCAAUGAUGGCAGCCAGCCAUCCAAAAGACGGCGGAUGGGCUCAGGGGACAGUUCUCGGAGCUGUGAGACUUCUAGUCAGGACCUUGGAUACAGCUAUUUUCCUGCUGAAAACCUGAUAGAGUACAAGUGGCCACCAGAUGAAACAGGGGAGUACUAUAUGCUUCAGGAGCAAGUUAGUGAAUAUUUGGGUGUGACUUCCUUUAAAAGAAAGUAUCCAGAUUUAGAACGACGAGAUUUGUCUCACAAGGAGAAACUCUACCUCAGAGAACUAAAUGUUAUCACAGAGACUCAGUGCACGUUAGGUCUAACAGCUUUGCGUAGUGAUGAAGUAAUUGAUCUUAUGAUUAAAGAAUACCCUGCCAAACAUGCUGAGUAUUCUGUUAUACUGCAAGAGAAAGAACGUCAGCGAAUAACAGAUCAUUAUAAAGAGUACUCUCAAAUGCAGCAGCAGAACACACAGAAAGUAGAAGCCAGUAAAGUUCCAGAAUAUAUUAAAAAAGCUGCCAAGAAAGCUGCAGAAUUCAACAGCAAUUUAAACCGAGAGCGAAUGGAAGAAAGAAGAGCCUAUUUUGAUUUACAGACACAUAUUAUCCAGGUGCCUCAAGGAAAAUACAAAAUCUUGCCUACAGAGAGAACAAAGGUUAGUCCUUAUCCAGUGGCUCUCAUACCCGGCCAGUUCCAGGAGUACUACAAAAGAUAUUCUCCAGAUGAACUUCGUUACUUACCAUUAAACACAGCUCUUUACGAACCCCCUUUGGAUCCAGAGCUGCCUGCAUUAGACAGUGAUGGGGAUUCAGAUGAUGCAGAAGAAGGGCGAGGUGACGAGAAACGGAAAACCAAAGGCAAUUCGGACAAUUCGUCUGGCAAUGUAUCUGAAGGUGAUUGCGCCACAGACAACCAGGAAGAUUCUUUUCAGGGAAGACAAAAAACGAGAGACAAAAGUGCUACUCCAAGAAAAGAUGGUUCCAAACGUUCUGUAUUAUCCAAAUCAGUUCCUGGGUACAAGCCAAAGGUCAUUCCAAAUGCUAUAUGUGGAAUUUGUCUGAAGGGUAAGGAGUCCAACAAGAAAGGAAAAGCUGAAGCUCUUAUACAUUGCUCCCAGUGUGACAACAGUGGCCACCCUUCUUGCCUUGAUAUGACCCCGGAGCUUGUUGCUAUGAUUAAGACUUACCCUUGGCAAUGUAUGGAGUGUAAAACAUGCAUUAUGUGUGGGCAGCCUCACCAUGAAGAAGAAAUGAUGUUCUGUGAUGUAUGUGACCGUGGUUAUCACACUUUUUGUGUGGGGCUUGACGCUAUUCCCUCAGGUAAUAAAGAUUUAAUUGUUCUCUUCCCACCUCCUCUGAGUCCUGGGGAUUCUGUCAGAAUAGAUGUGUUGCUUUUUGAAAGUUUAAAAGCAGUUUGAAGGGUAAGAAUGAACAAUAGUGUUGGAAAGCAUCCAGCAGGGUCCCAUUUUUUCAUAAGCUUUAUUUCUGUAUAUUUACUUGUGCACAGUUUAACCUGGCAGUUCCUCAAUAGGAAAUAUAAUUGGCUUUUACAACAAAAUCCAGACCCACUUGGAGCUAUUUUGUUUUAAAUAUACAUUUCCACAGAAUACUGAGAAUAAUGAUCUCUUUUCUUAAAAGAAACCUGUAAAGAUGCCUGUACUGCUGCAUAUUGCUGGAAUACAGCUUUCACAUUAAUAAAGUGUGCUAUUAUUUUAAUUUCUAAAUUAAAAAGUAUGCUUAAUAUAGUAUUUGUAAACACCUUUUUUAAACACUUUUCCUUGCCCUUUUUAUUCUCAGAUGUCAUAUCUGGAAGUGAGGUACCUAAAUUUCAGGCAGCUUAUACCUUUGAAUCACCUGCUCAUUGGUAUCUCCUGGCCAACUCAAGGCCGUGUAAAGAAAACUUCAGAGGUAUAACUGGUAGCAGCACAGCUUUUCACACGAUACUAAAUCCAUGCUAUGUUUGUGAUGACAUAUUCAGCAACAGUAUUCCCUGUAACUACUACCUCAAAUAUAUAUUCCCAUUUGGGAAAGCACUAGAGAUUGCUCUCACGUCAGUCCGGGUUCUGUGGCUGAUUCAGCUUUCAUUCUGAGUUAAGGAGAGAAUCUGAACAAAAUAGAUAAUAUUGCUACAAAACUUAAAAGUGAGCAAAGCAGCUUUUGAGAUUCCAGCUGUUGUAAUAUAAAUAGUUAAUAUUCCUGCUCUUUGCUCAAGCUGUUACUGUUCCCUCCAUUAACAGGUUUUAGUACAAGGUCUGGUGUUGAGCCCCUGCCAGCACUUUAAUCUGUGCUGCCCAACUGCACUGAAAUAACUCACAUUAGUUUGGGAAACAAGCCCUCCUAGCCUGUGGCACAAUAGCAACAUUCUUCAACUGCCAUCAUUCUUUUCUGCUGUAACCACCCAUAACCUUGAACUGCAGUCAUUCAUAUGAAAAUCCAACUUGAAACCUUGUAGUUUGUCAUUUCUUUUCUAAGAACCACUGCCUUAGCAGCGCUGGCCCUUCUUGAGAUCUGCAAGUGUUAAAGUAACCAACUGUUACAUGCAGAGCGUCUGCAAGGGAUGGUGAAUUGUACAUGCUGCUUUCUGUACCUUUUAGAAAAGAUACUUAACAUUUUAAAGAAGAACUGGUUUUAUACAUUAAACAAAGUGCUACAAAUUGCUGAGAGCCUAUUGAAAUGGUGAAAGGUGCAUAACUAGAUGAGUGAAUACAAAAAAGGUAGUUUCCCAUUAAUUGAUAACUUUCUUUUCAUAGGUCGCUGGAUUUGUGAUUGUUGUCAGAAAGACCCUCCCAUCCCCAGAAGAGGAGGAAGAAGGGGGAAAAACAGCAAGGAAGGCUAAACUCCCCUAAAAAACCUUGCUGUUUCAAAAUUUAACUGCACAAAUUGAAGUGAUACUUUGGUGCUAUUUAACCAACCACUUUUAAGAGGAACAAUACCACUGCGUUUUUCUUUUUAUCAAAUAAACUUUUAAUUUUGGCUAUAUAA